CUUGAUAUCUUGCCUAAUCCAUCACGGCGGACGAGCCGGCAAUGCUCCGUUCAAAAAUUCAGGUUCAAGCGAAAAGGCCAUGGCACGACAGAGGCGGAGGGGGAGGGUGCAGAGAUAAAAGGAAGAGACCGCCAGCAUGUCUGGUCUUGACGAGUUCCCACUCUUCUUCGGCACAUCAACCCCGUUCCCUCCAGUCAACAUGAUCACCCUCGGCACCCUCACCCUCGCCCUCCUCACCGCCGUCCAGGCGGUCGAGGCCCAGUCCCUCGGCUGCGGCAAGGCGCCCCCGUCCUCGGGCACCAAGUCCAUGACCGUCAACGGCAGGCAGAGACAGUACAUCCUCCAGCUGCCCAACAACUACGACCGCAACAAGCAGCACCGCGUCGUCAUUGGCUACCAUUGGCGUGAUGGCUCCAUGAACGAUGUUGCCAGCGGUGGCUUCUACGGCCUCCGUCAGCUGGCCGGUGACAGCACCAUCUUUGUCGCCCCCAACGGCUUGAACGCCGGCUGGGCCAACAACGGUGGCGAGGACAUCACCUUCACCGACCAGAUCGUUGCCAUGCUCAAGAACGACCUCUGCGUGAACGAGGGCGAGUUCUUCGCCACCGGCUGGAGCUACGGCGGUGCCAUGAGCCACAGCGCAGCCUGCUCUCGUCCCGACGUCUUCAAGGCCGUAGCCGUCAUCGCCGGCGCCCAGCUAUCCGGGUGCAGCGGCGGCAACUCCCCCGUCGCCUACCUCGGCAUGCACGGCGCCGCCGACAACGUCCUCUCCAUCUCAAUGGGCCGUCAGCUCCGCGACAAGUGGCUCCAGACCAACGGCUGCACCUCCAAGAACGCCCCCGAGCCUUCCGCCGGCCAGCAGAACCACAUCAAGACCGAGUACUCGUGCACUCGCGCCGCCGUCACCUGGAUCGCCAACGGCGGCGGCCACGUCCCCGACCCUAGCGGCAGCAACGGGGUCAAGUUCGCCCCCGGCGAGACCUGGUCCUUCUUCAACGCUGCCGUCGGUGGUGGUGGUGGUGGCAACCCUAACCCCAACCCCCAGCCUACUACUACCGCCACUGCUCCCCAGCCUACCCAACCUACCAACCCUGGUGGCAACUGUGCGCCGAGAUGGGCGCAGUGCGGUGGUCAGGGAUGGAACGGCCCUACUUGCUGCGAGAGCGGGAGCACUUGCCGUGCUUCUAACCAGUGGUACUCUCAGUGCCUCUAAGUUUAGGGGGGUGGUGCGGUGGAGUAUGUCUUGAUGGGUGUAGUAGUAAGAUAGGACAUUGUCAAUGACAAU